AUGGUUCCCGUGAAGGACUUGCGCCCGGGCGGCGCUACAGCAGACCAGGUAAUGACUUUCGCGCACGAACUGAGUGAAGCACGUCCGCUUCGUGGCAGCGCCGCCGUCGCGCGUGCACACGUAACGGCAGAGGCCCCCGCCACGUCGCCCCCGUAUCCCCAGACCUCCGAACCAGCCCCGUCGACAUCGUCUCACGCC